AAGUGACAAUUAAUCUACAAAGGUAGUAUUAAUUUGAGUAUCACUUUUUAUUGAGUCAGUACCACCAAAGUUCAAAGUUCCAAGUUCCAAGUUUCAUUACCAUAUGAGUUCAUUGUUUCAUUAGCACUUAACUGAUUUCAAUGUGUCUGUGACAAAGUGACAAUUAAUCUACAAAUGCUACUUCACCCAAAAUCCCCAAAUCGAAAACCCUAACAAAAGUCGCAAAUUCGAUUGAAGCUCCAAUUCUCGCACAAUCGACCUUGAUUUUCGCACUACCAAGCUUCCAUUGAAGCUCUACAUCGAAACUUUUCACUCGGGCAAUUGACCUCCAUAAGGAUGUCCAUGUCGGGGUCGGGAAGCGGAAGUUCCGACAAUGAACCUUCGGCUAAGAAGCUCAAAUUUCUGAUGUCGGAGUCGGAGUUGGAGUUGGAGUCGGAGUCGGAGUUGGAAAGCGAAAAUUCUGACAAUGAAUCUUUGACAAAGAAGCCCAAAAUUGUGCAGGACCCUAUUACUGAUGAACUAGCUCAUCUGGAAGCAACUGAGGAAGCUGCAUUAAAAGCAAUAAUCUGGAAUAGGUGCUCGUAUAUUCUGGAAUUGUGCAAGAAACUAUCCAAUCAACUUUACCAUAGAGUGCUUGAUAGAGCUGCCAUGCUGGUUUGCUUGAUCUAUGACAAGGAUGAUUUGUACCGGAUGGGUCAUUCUCGCAUUGUUUAUGAACAAAGGAGCAAGUUUUGGGACGAACUUGAACAGGAUCUUGAACAGUUUCCAAAUGUGAGAGGACCACUUUACGAGGCUUGCAAGUGGAUUGUCUGUAAGAAAGUUGAUCAUGAUAGAUACUCUCUUUUGAACGAAAAUGAUGUUGCUGCUUUAUUGUCGAUGUAUCGGAGUUGCCCGGAUAGGAAGCCUUAUUUAGAUUUUGAUGACAAGGAAGUUGUGAAGGAUUUUGAUGACAAGGAAGUUGUGAAGAGUGCUUUUGAUGAUGACAUUCAGGAAGCAAUCAGAAAGGCGAAGCUUUUUCCGAGAUUGACGGUUGAUCAAUAUACUUGUUUGCUGAUAGAGAUGGCUAGGGGGGAAAGUCAGGAAUGGCUAGAUCUUCUGCUCACCAAAGCUGUGGAGACAAUUGAUAUAGCCUCAUACGGCUUAGAUGCUAGUUCAAUAGAGGAUUUAAUGGGGAUAUUCACAGACUGUUCUGCCUAUGAAGAGUUGUAUAGGGAUAUAGAAUUCAACCUCCUGUCAAUUCUUAUAUGUAAAAAAGUUAUGGUCCAAAGGGAGGCGCAACAGUCAGUUAUGCCUUUUAAUCUGUUGUUCACGAUUGAGUUUCUGGAGGGACCUUCAUCUCUUGGUGAUUUUGACUCGAGUAAAGUUGCUGAAUAUCGUUGUAGGGAUGAAGAGGCGGCUUCAUCUGUGGAUAUAUGGGACUUGAUUAAAGUUGCUGAACUUCGUCGUAAGGCUGAAGGGAGUCGUUUUAUCACGAGGGACCAUUUCUUAUGGGCUUUUGAUCAGGGAGGAUGUGGGCUCCGUACUGCGUUUAAGGAUGAGUUAGCCUCGAGGAUGGCUGCUGAAGGUCAUCCCCCUUAUCACAUAUAUAGGACUGCAUUAACGUUGGCAAAUGCUGAACAACAGCCCGUUCAAGCAGAACAUCUUGCCUUUGCUGUCGUUUUUGGCAAAAUUUUUGACUUUUCUGAGGAGGAGGUGAAAGAAAUGCAGGAAGACUUCCAAAGUUUCAAGACUGCCUUACGUAUGCGCUGCGUGAGUCCCCCAAAUGAUUGGUUCAUGGUCUCGUCCGAGGAAAGACUUAAGUCAGGCUUGUGGGACGACUUCUGAGAUCUAACUUUUUGAUGAUCGUCUUUGGUUUGUACAUAUAAUUCACUCUACUUUUGCAUCUUUCUGUGCUUAACUUCUUAUGUCCAAAGGUGGAUCCAGAAUGUUGAACCUGCAUGCGGCAGCAUUGCAUUGUGACAUCAAUGUAUUUUAUGCGGCAGCAUUAGUAUUUAACGGAUGGGCUAAUAGAAUAUUGACAUAACUCUAUGUAAUGCUUUUUUUUUUCUAUUUAUGCGAAAAGGUUAAAUAGCAGAGUAGUCCCUGUCUUUUUGUAUUUGCUGUAUUUUUAUUUUGGGAAAUCAAGUUUUCAAUUUUGAUC